AUGCAGGACACUGAGAUUCUGAAUACAGCUGUGCUCACCGGGAGGACAGUAGCCGUGCCAGUAAAGGUGGUCACCGUAGGAACAGACGGCACAGUUACGGAUGUAACAGAGUCGGUAGAGUGUCGGUCGACCGAUGAAGAGGUGGUCAAGGUGUCGGAUCGUUGUGACUAUGUGUUUGUGAACGGGAAGGAGACGAGGGGGAGGAUGAGGACGGUGCUCAACUUCACCUACAGCUACCUGAGUGCCCAGCUGGAGAUGAGUGUGUGGAUGCCCCGCCUCCCUCUGGUCAUCGACGUGGCUGACCCCGAGCUCAGCCAGAUCAAGGGCUGGAGGGUCCCGGUGGCGACCGGCAACAAGAGGGUGAAUGCGGAUGAUGGUGAUGAAAGUGACAGUGAGAGGACAGAGAGUGGCUGUGUCCCCCAGUACCAGAGCACCACGGUGCGGGUCCUCACACACUUUGUGGCCUUGGGAGUUGAUGGAAAUGGCCAACAGGACUUCUUGCUGGGCAGUGAUUGGCAGGUGGACGUGACUGACCUGGUCCAGGAUUUACUGAGGGUGGAGGACCAACGUGUGGCCUAUCUACUGGAGGGACAGGUCCUGAUGGGCCUCAACACUGGCACAGCCAAACUACAGGUGAUGUCUCCUCUGUCUGACUCGAUCCUGGCUGAGCGGAUGGUCAGGGUUCUGGAUGACAAAGUGAGCGUGACAGAGCUGGGAGUGCAGCUGGUGUCUGGCCUCUCUCUGUCCCUCCAGCUCAGCCCAGGGAGUAACAGGGCCAUCGUCGCCACUGCUACCACACAGGAAGUCAUGCAGAAACUCAAACAGGAAUCCCUCAUCAGUGCCUGGCUCCAGUUCAGCGACGGCUCCAUGACUCCUCUGGACCACUACGACCCCGCCCACUUUGUGCUCACAGCCACCUCAUUGGACGAGCAGGUGGUAUCGGUACGUCGCAGCGCGGAGUGGAAAUGGCCGGUCAUCGUGGCAAACGGCGAAGGUCAGGGGUUACUGGUGCGUGUAGAGAUGACAUCAUCAGAGAUCUGCCAGAAGACAAAGCGACGCACCAUUCUGGCAGCCGGGGUGGGAAAUGUCUGCGUUAGGUUUGGCCGCUCUGAGGAGCCAUACAGCCACCCUGGAGGCAAAACACGACCAGACCCGCCCUACUACGGAGGCUCCAUCUCUGACAUUGAGGCUGGGAUCAUGAACCGGGGGGCCACGACAGUCAAGACCCCUAUUCCGGUGAGGCCCAAUGGGGACAGGCUGUCGGCCGACGGAAGAGUCCCUGGGGGGUUCUCUGAGUUCCCUGCCCAGGAGGAGCUGCCGCGGGGCCGCAGCACGGACGAGGAUCUGUUGUCAUCACGCCGCAGCCUCACUGACCUAGAGAUCGGUAUGUACGCACUGCUGGGGGUCUUCUGCCUGGCCAUCCUGGUCUUCCUCAUCAACUGCAUCUCCUACACCCUCAAGUACCGCCAUAAAGAGCUGCCCUUGGAGGCCCCCGAGGCCAUGCCCCAUGCCCACGACUGGGUGUGGCUUGGCCAGGAGGAGGGCCUGUGUCUGCAGCAGCAGCAGGACGAGCUGGGCAGCAACCUGGAAGAGGGCAGCCAGUUGCUGAACGGCGGUGUUCUGAAGGGCAGUGCCCAGGGAGGCUGCCCGGGAGGCAGGAAUGAGUCACUCAACUCACCUACCACCAAGAGGAAGAGGGUCAAAUUUACUACCUUCGCCAACAUCAAGCCCAGUAACGGAUGCCCAGUUCUAAGCCCGCUGGCACUCGGACAGACCACCGACAUUAAGUGGGUAUGUCCGGACAUCGAGCUGGGGGACUCGCAAGAGCUCCGGAAUUACAUGGAGAGGUUGAACGAGAAUGCUACAAAAAACAUUGUAUAGAGGGCUUGAUUUUUUGUGGACAAAUGAGUAACUCUAACUCACCCGAAUGCCUUCAGAGUAAGAAGUUGGCACUGUACCACGCCAUGACAACAAGAUGGAACAUUCCAGCAAGUGUUGUUUCCAUGGUAACUGUUGUAAUAGUUGAUGAUCAUAAGUGAGGUGGGGGGUGGGAAUUGCCAAUGACACCACAUUGGAUAUGUGGGAAUUUGUGAACUUGAAUGUCACUUUAAUUAGUUUAGAUGUCUGCUCCCUUGUCUUUAAUUAAAGAAAAGCUUACAGUGCAUUCAGAAAGUAUUCAGACCCCUUCACUUUUUCCACAUUUUUUACGUUACAUCCUUACAUAUAUUUUUU